AGACACCGGCAUCACACUUGGCGGCACCUGCCUACUUCCCUAGUGGGAUUUGUCAUGGUCCGUCUAGAGCGUUUUCGCUAGACUUCGUCCGGAAAUAUAUUUACCAUUGCUUACGCUGCUUCUCUCAUUCACUUGAGAAGAGCGAACUUAAAGAAGAACGUCUUCGACUCAGUUUCGAAGUACUAGCAUUACUCAUACUUCCAGAAGCUGAGAAUCUGCUUGCUGAAUAUUGCAUGUGCAAUGGCUGGAUUCAAGGUGCUGGCAGUUCUGCUGAUCUUUGAGCUUGGUCUAAUUGCAACAUGCCAUGGUGGUAAAGUCACCAUAAGUAGUGAGGUUAUCAUAACACUUGUUGAAGAGUCAACAGGAUUUCUCUGCAGCCUUGUCGAAUUUGAAAGUAAUUUCGUUCCAAGGGUCUAUUUUACCAAAGCAGGUAGUCGAUCAUUGGGAAGUAAUACUUGGAAUGAAACCCAUAGCGCUCAAUACUAUGCCCUGAAUUUCCGUAGCCCUACGGUGGAGAAUAGCGGCACAUAUGAGUGCAAUGUUGAAAAUGGCAGCACAAUUGUGACAGUGCCGUUUAAGCUGAUCGUAUUGGAACGGAUGUCAACAACAAAAAACUGUCCUAGUGCCAAACUGGUUAUCAAUUCUGGACAUGUUACAAGUGAUACUGCCAAUUCAAUUUGUAAGGAAAAAGGACUGAAGCCGUUGACAAACAAAUGGAUCAAAGAUUUAAUUAAAAAAAAUAAUGAUGCUUGUUUCAAGGAGGAACUCCGCAAGCUUACGGACGUAGGUGUGCAGAAUAUUUGGGUUAUGAAGAGAACAACGCCGUAUAAAUACAAUAUUGCAUCUGGAAAAAGAACGCAACCCUCAGGGGACUCAUCACUGUGUGCCGUUAUAUGUUCUAGCAAACCUACAAGUAAGAAUAUUGCCAGACAGAAUGACAUAUUUCAUGUGAUCGUUUAG